AUGCUGCGUGCGCUGACUCGUCAAUUUAGCGUGUUUCGUUCGCGUUCAGCCAUGCCUCAACGAGACAGUGUUCGUCUCAGAAGUCUUGGUGGAACAGCUAAAGAUCAGGACACUUUGAAGCUCGUGUUUGAGAAAUCUCGAGAAGUGAAUCCAAAAGGGCUCGUCCAGAUCAUCCGCAAGGGCGAAAACCUCGGAGUCAUGAACUUCCGCACUGCAUUGGCCCAAAUCGAUCUUUCCAAGGAAGGGUUCCUGUUUAUGGGGUCUGUAAGGGACCAGAAGUUCGGCGACGUUGGACUUUUGAAGGUGGCUUCUCCACAGAAAGCUCGCAAGCAGCUGACCAAGCAUUUACAGCAACAAAAGACACAGCAGCUUCAAGAGGAGAACCCUCGGCUCAUAGCCAAACAGCAGAAACAAGAAAAUAGACAGAAAGAACCCGACGUCAAAAUGGUCAGAGUUUCUUGGCAAAUCACUCUGCAUGAUCUUACCAGCCAAAAACGACACGAAGUCGAGACGCAAGUCAAGAAGGGGGAGAGAAUCCGAAUUGUUGUUGAUGACAAGGACAAUUUCGACGCUGAUGUCAGAGUGGCAGGUGAUGAGAAAUCUUUGACAGAGCUGGAAGCGACCAAAAGAGGCAAGAUUGAGAGCUUUCUGGACGAAUUACUUGAAGAGCUUGGUGCUGAGUUCCACAAAGAAGGUGAGAUUUACGAUAAAGUGUCGUACGAUGUGAAAGCACAAGAACGGAAGAACGAACUUUCUCCGGAGGAAAAAAAGCGUUUGAAGCUAUUGAAGAAGCAGGAAAAACAGGAGAAAUUGCGCCAGCGCACAGAGGAGAAACGCAGGAAGGCACAAGAGGAAAUCAGGAUCCUCACAGUGGACUGA